AAGCUCAGAAGCAUACAGCCCCAACUUGGGCGGUAAACGACGCGGGAGGAGCGGAGGCGAGCAGGCGACGGUGGCGACACAGCGGCACACACGUCGGCUGGCGGCCGCAGAACAAAAAAAGAGCACGCCAAGCUGCAGCAGUAGUACAAGAAAAGGCGAGGCUCGUUGCUCACUUCUCUAUUGUGUCUGCAUGCCGAUAGCCGCUAAGCUCUUCUACUACCAGCGCCGCCGCCCGCCACCGCUUCCGGAGCCCACCGAGCCCCGCGGUCUCGACUCCUCCUCCGCCGCCCGCCGCCGGGUUCACCCCAUUCGCUCCGCGCACCACAGGCCGGUGAGAUGAUCAUUUCAAUGGCGCCUCUGCGUCUCUGCCUCUGCGUGUUCCCCUUGCGAUGCGUGUGCCCGACCCUCUGUCGCGACUCGGCAGUGGGUAUGGAGGUUUUGCGGCGAGUUCCUGCGGUAGAAAUUUGGAGAUGCAGGCAUGCAGCGUAUACUCCUUUUUGGGCUAUGAAGUUGUUCGAGGAAACCAGAUAGAGCGAAGGGCGUCUAGCGGAAGCAUAACGGAACCCACAAGGAACGUGCUCUUCAGCACAAGACACAGCGCCACCGCAUCAAAUGACCGACUUCCUGAUGCGGUUCAGCAAGCCAAGGAGAGGCUUCAUCAAAGGCUCCGAAGUGUAGACCUAUUUUCAGGGAGAAGUUGUUGCAGGCAAACAUCACCAGCCGUAGGAACCAUUUGGGCCGGACCUGAUCUUCCUUCUGAAUGUGAUAUCUGCUCAUCAGAGGAUGGCUGGUUGGCCCACCGGACUAUUCGCUUCAACUCCAGCGCCUCCCUGUCAGCCUACAAAGAUAAACAGAUCACAGCAGAGACGUUCAGCAACGCGGCGGUGGUAGCACCACACGACCUGAGGCCUGUCUCCAAACUAGGACAAGAAGCUCUCCAAGGAACAAUCGACGGUGACGACGACGUGGAGUCCUCAGUGGACUGUUCGAUAUGCCUUGAAGGAUGCCAUGGUGCAUCAGACGGGCUGAUUCAGCUGCGCUGCAAGCACAUCUUCCAUUUGGCCUGCCUGGAGCAGUGGCUGCAGUCCCGCGCCGAUUGUCCGUACUGCAGGGCCGGCGUCGUCCUAUCCUACCACGGAAAGAGUGACCUGGAGUAUUAGCAGGGCGUUGCGGCUUUUGUAAAAGAAAGAACACUCGAGUUGCUACUUGCUGUGUGCUUUUUGAGAUGUUUGCUUCAGGAUCAAGUUUUGCUGCAGAAGGCUUGAAACAGAGCUGGCCUCGCUGCAUCUCCUAA